AUGGUUGGAAGGCAGUCGAUUCGUAUGGGUGGCAUUGGUUCUGUGACAGUUAUGGAUGACAGUCCCGCAUCAAGCCCUAAAUCGAGCCCCAGUCCUGACUCGCUCUCAGCGGACAGCCGGCGCGCAGAGGCCCUGUCCCGCUCCAGGGUGGUCCCGUCUAGUGGCCUCGGUGGCAGAGGGAGACCCCCAGCAGCCAACGCAGCGCGCGAAAGGAGUCGCGUCCAGACGCUCAGACAUGCGUUCCUCGAGCUACAGAGAACACUGCCGUCGGUGCCACCGGACACCAAACUCUCCAAACUCGACGUCUUGAUAUUGGCAACCACAUACAUAGCGCAUUUAACAAGAACCUUGCAAGAAGAAGGGAUGGAAGAGGACAACACAAAACAAACUGAAGCUUUGAACUCACUUAAGGGAGAUGGCUACUUACAUCCUGUGAAAAAAUGGCCGAUGCGUUCAAGAUUAUAUGUCGGUGCCACUGGACAGUUCCUGGGUAACUCAAAUGAAAAUCAAGGGGCAUCUUCAUCAUCAUCUCAAACAUAG